AUGCCGCCGAAAAUCCCCAAGCACCCAUUGCAAGACGUUGAGUUGAACAUGAAUGAGGUUCUUACAUACAGUGAUUUGAAGCUCCGCUGGCAAUGGACCACUCGCUUCUCGACAAGUCGUAUGAGGAUUGCACGGCAUUGGAAACCCACGAGAACGGAAUUUCCACGCAAUAAACCGACUUGUUCCUUUAUUUGGCAUGACCAAAUGCCGCACAGGACUCGUCUGCCGGAACUACCGGAGCCUGAAACCUUUAAAAGGAUAAAGGAGCAGGAGCUGUUCUGCGUGUUUAAGAGCAGUGUGUUUCAUCAACACAAAGUCACUGUUGGUGACAUUGUGCAAGCAGAAAAGCUUCAUCGUCGAGACGCAGGAGAGAAGGUGGUCUUUGGGACGGUGCUGCUGGUGGGGUCCAAGGAGAGUAAUUGGAGAGAAAAGGCAGCAAACUCGCGCUUUCGUCAGUUUGGCCGAGCAAUGCGCCUCCUGGUGAGCAUCACUCAGACAAAGAAUCUGACCCUUGGAGCUUUGGUAUCAGACCUGAAGGCCUCCAAGUCCUUCAUUCCGGGGCAUGGUCUCGUCCAAGACAAAGUGGCUUUGGAUGUGUCCGGCGGCAAUGACACCCUGUGCAUAUCCAUCAGGAACACUCAGACGCAGGCUUACGUCUGCGAGCGGAAGAUCCCUCUGUCUUUGCUCUCCACCGGGAUACCUUGGUCAUCGUGGGUGGAGCUGUUGCCGCCUGGAGAUGCUUGUGCCACCCUCGAUCAGGUGCAGCCAAGUCCUGACCAGCCUCAGAUUUUUGUGACGUUGGAGUACGGGUCCAGUGCAGACAUUGGCAAAAAUGGCUUUGAGGAUUUGGAAGCUCUCCAGCAUGCCUUCUCCAAGUUGGAACGGGAGCUUGAGCUGAACAAGCAACAGGCCAGGGAGCGAACGUCAGCGCUGGCUGCUCGCCCCUCGCUUUUGGACCAAGAGGCAGCGGAGAUACAGGCCAAAGAAAGAGAGAUGGCUGCCAUUCGAGCAAAGAUCUCAGCAAUGAGCGAUGCCAAAAGACAGGCGAGUUCUGCAGAGGAACAGCUGAAAGAGGUCAUGCAAGAGGUAGCAAAAAUGCGUGACCGUUGGACCCAAAUUGAGACGGAAGUGAAGGACGUGAAUGAUAGAAAGCUGAUUACAGAGACAGAGAUCAGUAGGCUGCAGCGUUCCAUGAGCGAGGCGAAGGAGACGCUUCGAUUGAGAACCCUUUCGGUGGCGGAGCUGCGAAGCAAUCAUGACGAGACGGAGCGCCAGCUUUCACAGACUCUUCGAGAGCGUGAACAGUGGAGGGAGAGUGCGAGCAAAGCCCAGAAUGACUUUGACUCCGAAGUGAAGUCGGCUUCUGUGGAGUUGGACCACUGGCGCUCAGAGGCACAGGAGCUGGCGACUUCCAUUGAGGAGCUGGAUGAACAGAAGCAGGCCCUUGCUCAGAAAGCUUCGCAAGAGCAGGGAGUACAGAAUGACUUUAUGGAUGCCUUGCAGAAAGAGCUAGAAGAGGCAAUGUCUUCCUUUACCUCCAUUGAGGCACAGCGGAGCGCCGACGGGCAACACCUGGCGGCCGCGGAGGAGCGCCAGAGGGAUGCACAGGAGCGUCUGCAGCAAGCGGAGCAACAAGCCUUCGAGCUGCGUUCCGAGCUCCGAGAGGAAGGUGCAAGAGCGAAGAGUGCCACCGAAGCUGUGAAGAAAGAUCUAGCUGACAAGGUGUCCAGAGUGGCCCAGUUGGAGGGCUCCUUGAGCGAGAACCGCAACCAGCUCAAAACCAUUCAGCAGCAUGUUGAUGGUCUAAUGCAGGAUCUCAUGGAGCGAACCAUCAAAAGUUCCGACGACGAGGCAAUGCUCGGAACCUUGGCGCGGCAGUUGCAACAAGAACAGCAGGAUUUGGAGCAAAUCGAGCUGGAAAAGGAGAAGCUGGAGAAAGCCGUGAGUCAGGUCUUGAAACACAGUGAAGAGUCUCGCUACCAGAAACAAUCUUUGCAAGAUGGAUACCGGGAGGAGCAAGGCCAACUGGCCCAACGAUCUGAUAUGCUAUCAAAUACUCAAACUAUGGCCUUUACAGAAUUGGAGAGGACUUCAGCUCAGAUAGCGCAGCUGAAGGAGGUGGAGACAUCAUUUGCUCUUGUGGGCCAGGUAGCUCUUGAAAUUGACCAUGCUUCGCUACCUCGCCUCUAG